GGUGCAAAAGGUGGAUAAGGAUGAAAAAUAAAAUUCCAAAAUCUCACCGUUAUACGACUGCGUCACUUGAACGCAUCAUCAUAUAUACAAAAAGAAAUAGACAAGCAAUCCCUCAGUACUACUGGAAGAGCCCAACUUGUCCUCCUUAUUCCUCUCCACCGGCGAACCGUGAACCAGAAAAAAAAAGAUCAAAACGAUGUCGGACGAAGAGCACCACUUCGAAUCCAAGGCCGAUGCCGGAGCUUCAAAGACAUAUCCUCAACAAGCUGGUACUAUUCGUAAGAAUGGUCAUAUCGUCAUCAAAAAUCGUCCUUGCAAGGUGGUUGAAGUUUCGACUUCCAAGACAGGCAAGCACGGUCAUGCUAAAUGCCACUUUGUGGCAAUUGACAUUUUCACUGGAAAGAAGCUUGAAGAUAUUGUUCCCUCUUCUCACAAUUGUGAUGUUCCUCAUGUGAAUAGAACUGACUACCAGCUUAUUGAUAUAUCUGAGGAUGGCUUUGUGAGUCUGUUGACUGAAAAUGGUAACACCAAGGAUGACUUGAGGCUCCCAACUGAUGAUACUCUUCUGGCUCAGGUCAAAGAUGGUUUUGCCGAGGGGAAGGACCUGGUUCUGUCAGUGAUGUCUGCCAUGGGAGAGGAGCAGAUUUGUGGUAUCAAGGACAUUGGCCCCAAGUAGCUGCAGGUGGUAUUGGUGUAUGUUUACAGAGUUUCAAAACAAGAUGUAUUAUGUAGAAGAACCAGAACUUCUUUACUUUUUCUUGCACUAGCAGUUGUUCUAGAUAACUGCUAUUCAACUAUAUAUGUUGUGACUGGAUUCUUGAACUCACUACGUAUUUCCUCUACUCUGAUAUUGCUACCUUUCUAAUAUCGUAAAAGCUUAUUUCUGCA